GCGUCACGCCGCUCUCGACCUUAUGUCAUUCGUACCGAUCUGCAGAGCGUAAUUUCGAAUUCGCGUUCGAAAUAUAAAAAGUCUUUGAAUAAAAAAAUCGAUACGUUUUUAUGUGUGCGAUUUUUAAAUUAUUUCCGCGUUUCUUUGCGGCCAGUGUCAUCAAAAUGGUUAUGUUUGAAUUAGUGUUUUGUUUGUGAGUGUUCGGAAAGUUAGCUUUCAUUUAUUUGCGGUAAUCGCCACUAAAAGAACUAUUUACAUUUCGAAGAAAUCUACACCUAAGACACAAUGUACGGGUUACUAUUGGAGAAUAUGGCAGAAUACAUCCGACAGACCUACGGAGAAGAACGAUGGGAAGACAUUAGGCGGCAAGCUGAUGUUGAACAGCCUUCCUUCUCCGUUCACCAAGUGUACCCAGAAAAUUUAAUAACAAGAUUAGCAAAAAAGGCACAAGAGAUUUUAGGGAUAACAGAACGUGAAUUUAUGGAUCAAAUGGGAGUGUACUUCGUCGGUUUUGUGUCACAGUAUGGCUACGACAGAGUUUUAUCAGUAUUAGGCAGGCAUAUGAGGGACUUCCUAAAUGGACUCGACAAUCUACAUGAGUACUUGAAAUUCAGUUAUCCAAGAAUGCGAGCGCCCAGUUUUAUAUGUGAAAACGAAACUAGACAAGGACUCACAUUACAUUAUAGGUCAAAACGAAGAGGCUUCGUAUAUUACGCUAUGGGACAAAUUAGAGAGGUAGCCCGCCACUUCUACAACAAAGAUAUGAGGAUAGAACUAGUGAGGGAGGAGUUAUUAUUCGAUACAGUGCACGUAACAUUCCAACUGACAUUCGACAACCGAGCAUUCACGCUCGCAUCGUUGGCGAUGACCAGAGAAGAGAAGCAUCUCCCUAUCAGUGCGUCGGUACUGUUCGAGAUAUUCCCAUUUUGUAUCGUAUUUGGGUCAGACAUGGUAGUACGCAGCAUCGGCAACUCCCUAAUGGUAAUCUUGCCUGAUCUAGUGGGGAAAAAGAUUACCAAUUGGUUUGAUUUAGUGCGACCACUUAUCGCAUUCAAAUUUCAGACUAUUCUCAACCGUACCAACAACAUCUUCGAACUGGUUACUGUAGAGGCUGCUAUGCAUGAGAAAUCUACGGAUAAACGAAAUGAGCUGAUGCGCCUGUCUGAUGAAUCGGAAGCUGUCACAGAAAAGAAUCUUAGGCUUAAAGACUCGCCUACAAAGAAACGUUAUGCGUAUGACGGGAGACGAUUGCCUGAUACAAUUAAAUUACAUCUCAAAGGUCAAAUGAUCUACAUGGAUAACUGGAGGCUGAUGAUGUAUCUCGGGACCCCAGUGAUGCCAGAUUUAUCAGCGCUCGUGUCAACCGGCUUAUACAUCAAUGAUUUGUCUAUGCACGACUUUAGCAGAGAUCUAAUGCUAGCUGGUACUCAACAAUCAGUGGAACUCAAAUUAGCAUUAGACCAGGAACAACAGAAGAGCAAAAAACUUGAAGAAUCCAUGAGAAAGCUUGAUGAGGAGAUGAAGAGAACCGAUGAGCUGUUGUACCAGAUGAUACCCAAACAAGUUGCAGAUAGGCUACGGAAUGGAGAGAAUCCUAUAGAUACUUGUGAGAUGUUCGACAGCGUAUCGAUCCUGUUCUCUGAUGUGGUCACCUUCACUGAGAUUUGUUCCCGCAUUACGCCGAUGGAAGUCGUCUCCAUGUUGAAUGCUAUGUAUUCGAUCUUCGACACUCUCACUGAAAGGAACAGAGUUUACAAGGUGGAAACUAUAGGAGACGCGUACAUGGUAGUCUCAGGAGCACCAGAAAAGGAAGACAACCACGCGGAGAAAGUGUGCGAUAUGGCUCUUGACAUGGUGGAUGCCAUCACAGACUUGAAAGAUCCUAGCACAGGUUCUCACCUCUCGAUCAGAGUGGGUGUUCACUCAGGUGCAGUAGUAGCUGGUAUUGUUGGUUUAAAAAUGCCUCGGUACUGCCUUUUCGGAGAUUCUGUUAAUACAGCAUCUCGCAUGGAGUCUACCUCUGAAGCUAUGAGGAUCCACAUAUCACAGACAACUAGGGAACUCCUGUCUCCUUCAUACAUGGUUAUGGAGAGAGGAGAAAUACAAGUUAAAGGCAAAGGUUCAAUGAAAACUUAUUGGCUUGAGGGCCGAGAAUCCAGACCCGCGUUAAGCAAGGUCAUAUCCCCACAACUGCCACCCGGCACUGAACUCGAAUGGGAACGAGCAGCCGACAUUAGAGAUAGCAUCGCUGAAUAUUCUGCCCAACAAUUAAAUAAUAAAGAAAAUUACCAACACUUACCUAAUUCUAUAAAUUCUGGACCUAAUUCUCUAGUUAAUAGUUCUGGAAAUUUAAUGGCUGUACAGCAAACGACAUCAGUAGUAAAAAGUCAAAUUAGGUCUACUACUCCAGCCCCAGUAGUGAUGUCACCAGUAGAAGAAAGACGGAUGUAUUCCCCUGUCACUUUCCAAGAUGUAGCUAGGCGGAGUAUAGCAAAUUCACCUAAUAGGUCAGAUAAAGAUAAAGAUACAAGAUCAAAUUCAACAGCAUGUGCUGCUGCUUGGACGGACGUAGAUAGCGAUCCACCUAAACCUAUCGGCAGUUACAACUCCUCAUUUUGUUCACCAUCCCCUUGCAGAGUUGAGACCACUCCUGUUUUUAAAGAACGGGAGCAAGAGACCUGCACAGAAAAUGUGUGUACACAUAUGUUGACGCCCCCGGCGGACUCUUGUUCCACGCUGCGGCCUGAUACCGGCUCUUCAAUGUCACCCAGCCAAUGUAGAGAAGAAAUCGAAACUGACACAGAAUAUCAAGACGCUCACGCAGAAAUAAGCCAAGGUGUUCACAUCUGCACCAUAUCAGAAUCUAUCGCCGAACCGAAUCACUCGAAACCAGGCAAAGUGAGCAGAUUCAAAGCUAAAAUAGCUCCGGGUCAUUUAAAAGGUUGUUCUCACAAACCAUCGAAGGAUUCAAUUAAAGAGAAAACUCAAUCAUUACAAAGUAACGUUCAGCCCCACGGGCAUCAUCACUCGAAAAAUGUUAACCACCAUCAGUGUUGCGGUGCCUUUGGCAAUCCCCAUGUUAGACAUAAAUCUAAUAAUUCUAGUUGUCGUCUUAUUUAAGAGACUUAUAUUUGGGAUCCAUAAUUAUAAUUAUAUUUUCUUUCAUUUUAUACAUUUGGAAGUUAACAAUAAAAAAUAUAGUAUGGGAAGACGUAUAGACAUAAUAAAGGUGUAUAUAGAUACAUAUUAAAUGUCGCGCUAUAACAAACCAAUUAUAUCGUGGACACAAUUGACGACCUCUUCAAAAAUUCUCACACAAAAAUACGUACAUAAUGAAAAUAAUCGUAUAAUGAGCGUACAAAAUUUCUAAUUUCUUACAUUAAUGGGCAAUCAAUUUACAAAA